UGGUGCUCGCCCGGAUUGUGCUGUAUUAUUGCAGAGGGGAAUUCCCUAUCGCCACUGGGCCCAUCAAAACAAAUACAUGUAAAGUUUUAUUUGCUAAGACUCCGACCUUUGCUUUAGGCUAAAGUGACGCCCAAACUAGAACUUAAGUAUAUAAUUAUACAUCGUGCAUCCGCUUGGUACAUUACAUUAUUAGCAUUUCGAGGGACCCCACAGCCAUGGCAGACACACGGGUGUUCUUUUUGUCAUCCAGAUAUUAAGUCUGCUGGUGCAGAAUACUGCCCGGAUGCAAAAGUCAGAGGGCAGUGAUGUAUGAAGGGCAUAAUUGUUGAUGUAUAGUUGUUGUUGUGGUUCACCAGGAAAUAUCAUUUGCUGCUCACAUCAGAUGAUUGCCAGCAAUAGUGUUGCCGAUUGCAUGACAGGAAUACAGUGUAUAUAUAUAUAGUUUGUUGUUGUUAUUGUUAUUGUUUUGUUUAUCGACCACUGAGGAGUCCAACAAGACCAAUCAUGGCUAGUGAAAUUGCCAACGUCGUCAGCUUUUUCCAACCUCUGGGGACCAGUGAGACAGUUUGUCACAACAUUCCCUGCAGCAGAAUGAUACGUGAGCUGCCAUUACUUCCGCCAAUACCAAUUGACUGUAACGUGACGACGACUACGACGCCUAUGGACACUACGACACCUAGUGGCGGUAUGACAGAGGUGUCCACCACGAUUUCUGGUACAAUUCCGUACCCACCAUGCCUGCCGCCUAACGUGACGACGACUACGACGCCUAUGGACACUACGACACCUAGUGGCGGUAUGACAGAGGUGUCCACCACGACUUCUCCACCAUCAGAUAAUGCAGUGUGUUGGUGGAUUGUUCUUAUAAUAGCAGCAGUAGGCCUACUGCUAAUAAUUCUAUUGAUCUGGAAGCGAAGGUCUUUCAGGGGAAUUAACUGCCUCUGUUCUUCAAAACCUCGUGACGAAGUUCCACCUGACAUUGGACUUUUUGUUGAGCCUGUCGAGCUUGUUGAGCCUGGCGUUAUUGAGUUGCAUGCACGUUCAACUGACGUGGAACCGCCGCCACAUCGUUACGAGGAGAUUGGAAAUGCAGCACCAGUACAGCCAGAAUCUGAGCUGCUCUACGAGACAAGUUUUGGUAAUGAAGGGCAACUUCGUGGUGUACAUGUUGACCAUGACGUGGAACUACAUGCUGACCAUGCACGCGUUGAAGAACGUUCAACUGACGUGGAAACAACCCCCAAUGUUUACGAGGGAAUCAGUAAUGCAGCAACAGUAGAGCCAGAAGCUAAACUGUUCUACGAGUCAAGUUUUGGUAACGUUUAGGACAACCCCGUGCUGUACAUGCUCACCCUGACAUGUUGACCCUGACGUUGAAUGCACGUUCAAUUGACGCGGAAACAACACCACAUUGUUACGAGGAAAUGCAGCACAAGCAGAGUCAGAAACUAAGCAGGGCCCAAUUUCAUUGAGCUGCUAAGCACUAAAAUUUGUUUAGCAUGAAAUUUCUUUCUUG